UGUUAGUGAAGGCCUGUCUUUUUGUUGCAUAAAGAGAGGGAAGAUUCUGUGUUGACUGCACCAAAAAGAAAAGUGAAAGAGGUUUUAUCAGUAACAUUUGAUCGAGUCUUUUCUCAUUUAUCCAGUGUGUGAACUAAGUGAAUUGAGAAAUGUCGCGUUUUCUCAGAAACACAGGCGGGAAAAAGUGAGUUACCAAAUCGAUGGCGUCGUUGACUGGUUGAGUUUCUUAGCUAUUUGAGUGUGUCGUGAAGAGUUCUGAGAGGCCACGCUAUGUGAUGUCUACUACUUCCCUGACAUCUACUAAUUUUGCCCCAAAUUCAAAUUUUCUGAAAUUUUGGUGAAUCGCCACAAUUGCUUUGAUUUAAGUGAAAGUGUACUGUACAACUAUUUGAAAAAUGGAGAAUAAAAAAGAAGACAACAGUAAACAAGAUGUGAUGGUCUCAAACCUCCCAUUGCUGUUUUCUGAUGGCAAACCUACAUCCAUAACAUCCAUGUCUGUGGAGGACCUGCAGUACUUCAUACCAUUUUUGAUUAAAUGCAUACUGGGGUGUGAACCAACUGGCUGGACCAGAUAUACAAAAUUCAAGUGGUGGCCACCUGAUGUUCCUUGGUCACCUAUAAUUCUUACAAAGAAAUAUCAGACGGAAAAUUGGAGAUCCAAACUUACUACUCUAGUGAGAAAUUGUUAUAAUUAUAAUGGAUGUACAUAUUUGUUGCAAUUUUCUGCAAAGUUGCAAACACUCACUGGAGGUUACAAGUUUGAAGACAAUUGGGAUGGAACAACUUCAAUGUAUGAUAGCACAAAUGGAAAGCUACUGGUUACUUUUCAGAAUGAAAAUAUGAAUUAUGACAAGGGUUUCAGACAGCAAUCUAGUGCCUCUCGCCCUAUGUUACUUCCCCGAUUAAACUCUCCGACUAGUCCAACAAAGCUAAAUGCUGGAGCCUCAAACACAAUGGAAAUAGAAGCUCCAACUGCAGCAAAAAUGGUUGAACCCCCAAUUAAUGACAUCUAUUUGUGUGAUUAUUGUGGUGCAGAUUUCAGCUCACUUUCGGCCAUUAAGGCCCAUGAAGCAAAAUGUAUGGCUGAUAAAGCUUUGGAAGCCCAAUCCAAUAACAUUAACACUUUCACUGAACUAGAAACACGGGACAUGGAUGAAGCACAAUUUCUGUGGUAUUUGUCCUUGUCCAGUCGUAGUCAAACUUUACCACCGCCUAAUGUUACUCCUGCUAAAAUUCGUCCGGUUGUAAGAAGGACUUGUACACUCAGUGAUAAGAGAUUUACGACAAUUCCCUUUUCGUCAAAUCUUGGACAAAGCUUCUUCAAGGCAAUUAGACUAACACCAACAGCUUCAGAACUCUUGAUCAAUCGAUACGAGCGUUUUUGUAUAGCAAAACCAAUAUUGCUCCGAUCAGACCCGCUUACAGGAGAACACACGCAACCACCUAUCCCAUCAGCAACUACCUCUAAUCGCUUUCGUCCAGUUGUGUUUAAAAGAAAAGACGAGUGGGCGCAUUCUUACAGCUUCAAUAAAGCAGACCGAAGAGAGCGCAUGGAGACUAUCGCGACGGGAUUGAAUAAACGCGCCCGUCAGUUACUUCAACGAUGUCAAGGCAUUCAUGUGGUGAUGGUUAGGUUAAAACCGGAAGAGAUAGAUAUGUGGACUCGUCCGAAACCUAAACCAAAGUAUCCGCCACAUUUGCUACAGCCGUGGCUACAGCGAAGCAUUGCAAAUUUACCUGCUAGUUGCACCAUCAGCUUGGCUCCUGUUGAUUCGCAAAAAACGUUUCUUCGAAACCAACAAGCUGCCUCACCAUCAUCAACAAUUCGCCAAGUAUCAAGAAACCAUAUUUCCGGGAAAUCUCAAGCAAGAGCCCCACCAGGGCUUCUUCCUCUGAUCACCGGCACUUGGUCUAUGCAACCUGUGCAACCUGUCAAACCCAAGCCCACGAAAAACCAGUUCAUAUUGCCUGAUCUGAUUCCAGUUAUUAACAGACAUUCGAAGACGCGUUCCGUUGAUCCAGUCAUAAUCCAAAUGCCUUCUGUCUCCUCGCCAAGAUCGGUUGCUGCCUCACCACGUACUCAAAUGACUUCGAGCGGUAGUAUUACAGAUAUAGUCGAUCUUUGUUCUUCAGAAGACGAAGUCGACGAUGGCGACCAGCGACAAGGCAGCAAAGAUGUGCUGUCUAAUUCACUUGUCUUACCACCUGGUAUCUCUAUCACCAAAAUUAAGAAAACGUCUAGUGGAGCUCAGUGCCACCUUCCAAAUUCACGGCCGAAUGAAACGGCAUCUGAAAAGAAUAACAACCGAUCACGAAGCGUUGCUCAGUGGCUGGCAUCAGCAGCUACCGCGCCCCUACCAGUUUUGACCUUCAUGGGCCAGCACCAGCAAGCUAUAAAAAAAGAUCUUGCUAGGAGUGGUGCACUUGAUGUUUGUUCAGCUGAUUCGUCCCUACCCAUUGUAACACCAUUGAAACUAGCGAAGCUUCCUGCUGAGAAAAGGGAACAGAUGAAGCAGUCUCUGUUGAAAAUUCAAAAAAAGGAGAAAAAAUCACCAACGUCAAACAGUGACUCUAGCAGUCCACCAACACAAAUCAAGACGAUUCAAACUACAAGCGAUGUAACAGAUCCACUUCAGCUCUCUCCAUUGCCGAGAAGUUCCGUCAGCCCUAAAAAGGAAUUUUCUCCCCCCCUCAGUGACGAAUGCGAGGAACUGAAACACAAAGGAUUAAGUGGCCUUCUUUUCUCAAACCAGCGGAAUACUCGACGCAAAAGAGAAAAAGAACCCGAUUUUCAUAGUUCUGACGAAGAGGAUUCACUAUCUGAUGGUCCUAGCAAAAAAGCUCGUUUAUUGGAUCAAUCCUCGUCAUCGAAUUGUUUGGCACCUCAAGCGAAAUUAAUCCGUGGCAGCGAAAAUUAUUCUUCGGUUAUCGAGGUUGAUGUAGGAGGACCAGAUAACGACAUGUUCUCACGAGCAAGUUCGUUUGGAUCACUAACUCCAGAGAGUAGACUUCCACGGAAAAGACAGGAAUUAUUUCGCUUGUUAAACGAUGAAUGCAAGGAAUUAAGACGUAAAGGGCUGGAAGAUUUAUCUUUUGAAGCGAAUUCCAAUCAUCGUGUCACUCGUUGUCGUACAAAAUCCCAACCACUGAUGUCCGGAAAACGGUAAAAUCUCUUCCUUUUCUACUUUAUUUUUGCCUUCCUCUACGACUUCGAGCAAAUGCGUGCUCUUCUCCGGAAACGUUGUUUAGUAUUCAACUUCUUUCGUAAUUGUGCACCCAGAAUCUAUGCGUAUAUUUUACUCGCUUCUUGUCCUUCCUAUCUUUUUCAUUCGAUGGCAUUUCAAAAUCGUUUCGAAUGUCAUUCAUUCAUAUUAUGUUCUCAACCUGGAAGAUCACUGCUUUUGUUUUAUGUACAUAACGACGUUACAUCGCCAUCCGUUUAGCUGAAGGAUUCGUACCUUAUUGAUUUGUUGUAUAAAAGUAUUCUAAAUUUUCGAUGCGAUUUACGAUGUUGAUGUCUCGAAACCAACAAGCUUUGGUCGUUGUUGAGCAGAGGUACUAUUGGUAUCAUUUUCUCCCCGUGUUUUGAACAAGUAUUUUGAAAGUCGCGCAAACUCAGAAACCGAGACGUGUGAUUGUAACGGUAUUUUUAGUUUAAAUCAUAACCAUUCUCUCCUUCUGGUUACUUGAAAUAAAUUCUUUCUUAUUUCCA